CGAGCUCUGCCAAGUGCGCCUGCGCAUGAACUGCGCGGGAAAAGGUGCUGCCGUGGUAGAACGCAAGCGGAGAGAUGUCUGUGAGGGAGCCUGCGGCAGGCCUUCCCAGGCCCGGGAGGGACGAAGAGGCGGCGCUGCUCUUUGAGAGGGCCCAUUACCGGCACGACCCGCGCUGGCUGCUGCCCGUGCCCCCACGCCUCUGCCUGGCCUGCGCGCUGGAGCUGCUGCCAGAGCCUAGCGUAUCGUUGGUGCGCAAGAAGCACGUGCUGUCCGGCUUCCGAGAUGCUCUCAUGAGGCAUGCCUCCCUGGUCAUGCAGCUGGUGGCUCAGGAUCAGAGAGUCUGUAUCCACUUCAUAAGCAUGCUUUUCGGACUGUUAUGCAAUGUGGAGGAUGGGAGUAUAACAGACCUCUGUAUUGAAGUCCUUAUCCAGCUUACAACUCAGCUGAAGUUGGAGCAGACCAUUCAUUGCCUGCUGUAUGAGUGUCACAAAGAGCUGUGUAACAUGCCCUCCAUGCGAGGCAGCCUGGCCACCCUGACCCUUCUCGGCAAGUUGGUGGAUGCGAUCCCUGCUCUGGCAGACAAGCUUGUGAUGGAGCACAGUGACCUGAUGGAACAUCUGUUGAGAGGUUUAGUAUACCCCAGUGAGGGGGUGCAAGCUUCUGUCUGCUACCUUUAUGGGAAGCUGUACUCCUCACCAGUUGCAGCCGAGAUGCUUUUGGGCCAUUUCCGGGAGAAACUGUGUCCUCUCUUCCUUUCCACCAUGGAUGGUGCCCAGACAAAGGAGCUAAAGAUCAACUGCUUGGGUUUGCUGAGGCAGCUGCUGAAGUAUGACCUCUUUGUGUCCAUGAUCAUGAACAAAUCUGCGCUGGUGGAAAGUACUGAGAGUGUUGAGGGGCCACCAGGAGAGACCUCACUGCCUUUGGUGCUCAAAAAGCUUCUCCUUUCCAGAGAUGAGACUCUGCAGGUGGCCAGUGCCCACUGUAUAACUGCAGUACUGGUCCACUCGCCAGCGAAGCACGCCCCAGCCUUCAUCCAUGCUGACAUCCCAGAGUUCCUCUUUGAGCAUCUUUCCUCUUCCAGUGAAGUGCUUGUCUGGUCCAGCUACAACUGCUUGAUACUUCUGGCAGAAGAGCCACUCUUCUUUUCCAAGUGCCACACGGUGUACGGGAUCGAGUCAGUGGUGAGGAGCCUACAGGGAAUCCUGAGGAUGAACAACACCGAGCUGCACAAGCAGGGCCUGCUGCUCUUUGCUCAGAUCCUGACUCGGCAGCCAGAGGAGAUCAAGCUGUUCCCAAGCUCAGCCCUGUGCAGAGAUGCUGGCCGUGCCCUCCAAGAGGCAGUGAACAGCCCUGUGCUGGAGGUGGCUGCUGAGGCAGUGAAGGCCAUUUCUGCCUUUCUGAGGAAGGAUCAUCAGAGUGCUCUACCUGUGCUGUACAAGGAGCUGCAGGCCUUGCUCAAAGCCAUGCUGAGCCGGUGUGCAGAUUUUUCCCAGAUCCCGUUGAACUGGAGGCCCCUGGGCCAUGCCUCCAGUAGAGAUUCGGAGAAGACCAUUCUUCGAAGAGGAAGCUUUCUCCUGAGCACUCUGGAGGGAUUUAGAAAUGCCUGCAGGUUGGCUGUGGAAUUCCAGAGCGAACCUUCGGCCCAGGAGAAUCCAUUCACAGCUCCCAGUGCUGAGAAAGAAGACACCUUGGAGGCCUUCUCAGAAUUUCUUCUCAGUGCCUGUGACUCCUUGUGUAUCCCCAUGGUGAUGAGGUACUCGGAACAGGCCACUCAUCCAGCCUUGAUGGAGGUUUUCCUCUCAGUUCUGCACAGCCUUUUUGUCAUCGUCCCCCAUAUGAAGGAGGAAUUCUCCAAGAAGCUUGCUGCCUCAUCCUUCAUACAACUGACCCUGGAACUGAAGGCCAGGUUCUGCAGUGGCCUGAGUCACUCAGCCCUAAACCAGGUGUGUUCCAGUUUCCUCUACUACAUGUGCAUCAACCUCCUCUCAGCUCCAGAGAAGACAGGACCACCUUCCCAAGAAGAACUAUCUGCAGUGUCUGAGCUUCUGCAGCAUGGGCUGCCCCAGAUAAGCAGCAGGAGCCCUGAAAGCCUUGCUUUCCUGUCGGAUCGCCAGUACGUGGAGGGAGCCACUCGCCAGAGACAGUACUGCAUCCUGCUCCUCUUCUACCUGGCCUACAUUCACGAGGACAGGUUUGUCUCAGAGGCAGAGUUAUUCAUGGCUGUGCGAAGCUUCCUCCUGUCUCUGCAGGACCAGGGUGAAUGCCCUCCACUGGUGGUCUUCAGAGCUUCCAUCUAUCUACUUGCAAUCUGCCAGGACAAAGACGGUGCGCUAGAUGAGGCUGUGGUUGGCGCCAUCAGAAAACUACUAGAGGGCAUCCCGGACCUGCACCUAGUGUACACCCACCACCCCCUCCUGCUCAGGUUAUUCCUGUUGUAUCCAGAGCUGAUGAGUAGGUUUGGGCACCGUGUCCUGGAACUUUGGUUCUCCUGGGAAGAGAGCAUCUGUGAGGAGCUGGAUGAUGUCGCCUCUGCUGGGCAGCCCACCCUUCCCGCCAGCUUAGCAGCCCUGUUUCAUGUGCUCAGAAGCAGCCCCAGCACCCUGCUCAUUUUGCUGGACCUCAUCUAUUCCAGUCCAGUGGACACAGCCCGCAAGGUACUGAUCGUCCUGAGGACCUUUUUGAGGAGGAAUGAGGAUGUCCAAGUGGGUGGUCUCAUCCGAGGCCACUUCCUGCUGAUCCUACAGCAUCUGCUGGUGGAACAUGGGUCCUCCCCAUCAGAAGCCUCGGGGAACCUGCCUUUGCUGCUGAGCCUCCUCUCCUUAGUGCAGCUGAGAAACGAGUCAGAGCAAGAACUGGACAGCAUGGCCAUGAAGCUCCUUCACCAAGUGAGCAAGCUGUGUGGGAAAUGCAGUCCCACUGACACGGACAUCCUGCAGCCCUCCUUCAACUUCCUGUAUUGGAGCCUUCAUCAGACCACGCUGAGCAGUCAGAAAAGAGCUGCUGCAGUGCUCUUGAGCAGCACGGCCCUGAUAGAGCUUCUAGAGAAGACGCUGGCCCUCACCUGGGCUGAGGAGGGCUCCCCCAGGACCGAGCUCCUCUGCUCCGCCUGGCUGCUCACUGCCUCCUUCUCUGCCCAGCAGCACGAUGGCAAUCUGCAGGUUCAUCAGACACUGUCUGUGGAACUGGACCAAGUAUUGAAGGCCCUCAGCUUUCCGAAGAAAAAGGCUGCGCUGCUCUCAGCUGCCAUCUUACGCUUCCUGCGGACAGCCCUGCAACAAAGCUUCUCCUCUGCCCUGGUUGCUCUGCUGCCCUCAGGGACCCAGCCACCGCCAGCCCCUGAGGACACUGUCCUGGCUCCACUGGGAACAUCACAAGUGCUGUCCCUGGUCAUCGGACUGCAGAACCUCCUGGUUCAGAAGGACCCUCUGUUGUCCCACGCUUGUGUUGGCUGCCUGGAGGCCUUGCUUGACUACCUGCAUGCCCGGAGUCCAGACGUCGCACUCCAUGUGGCCUCCCAGCCCUGGAAUCGGUUUUUGCUAUUUACCCUCCUGGAUGCUGGAGAGAAUUCCUUCCUCAGAGCUGAGAUCUUGAGGCUCAUGACCCUGUUUGUGCGGUUCCGGAGCAGCAGCAUCCUCUCUCGUGAAGAGGUGGGCCAUGUUCUGCAAGGCGCAGCUUUGGCUGACCUCUCUACCCUCUCCAGCACCACACUCCAGGCUCUGCGUGGCUUCUUUCUGCAGGUCCAGAGCAUGGGCCUCCUGGCUGAUCAUAGCAUGGCCCAGACCCUGCAGGCCUCCUUGGAGGGUCCUUCCCCCAGGGCCUCCACGGCCCAGCCGCCCCUACAGGACAUGAUCUGCCUGGGAGGAGUGGCUGUAUCCCUGUCCCACAUCAGAGACUGAUCUCAGGACCUGAAGGCCCAGAAACAGAACUGAGACCUGGAGAAGACAAAGUCAGGGCACACUGGUUUGGGGGAAAUGGAUGACAACUGCAGCCGUGCAUCUGGAGCCAUUUACUCCAUUGUUGAAAUAGGAAAUAGUGAUAUACUCAGAUGCCUGUGUGGGCUCUCCAAAAACAUUUCCCUUUGGACUUACCU